AUGAUUGGUUAAUCAAAUGCUUGACGUCAAAGUUGAGACAGCGGUCUUGUUUUUGAAAAAAAAAACAACACAAAAAUAAUAUUUUUGUUUAUGGUCAUUAGUUUCGGUGAUGGAACGAAUUUUAUGUGACGGUCAUGGAAAACCAUGUUUAUUGAAGACUGGCACAAGAGAAGGUGUAAGUAAAGGUCAUAGCUUCUACAUAUGCAGCCAAUUGAAGUCAACAGCACCAUGUCAGUUCUCAAAACCUGCCAAGAUUUCAGUUUCCUUUUGCUUACAUCACGAAGAUGAAAUGGUGGAUUUACAAGCUUUGGGAACAUGUAAAAAGACUGGAAAAACUAAACGCUACUAUCGAUGCAAGAAAGGCCAAUCUUUAAAUGGUGGCUCAUGGUGUGGAUUUGUUCAUAGUGAUGAUAUGAAGGUUCCUGAAACCUCCAAGAAUCCAUUAAAGGAUACAAAUGGUUCUAAAAAAGGUGUUGACACUUCUCUGAAAAACAAAGGAUUAUCAUCAAAGUUUGUAGAAGAAGGUCAAGAAAAUCCUGAUAAAACUAAUGCAAGUGUCCGUUUGAACGUUAACAAUGGUCAUAGUCAUACAAAUAAAAAUCAAGUGGUCAUUCAGAGUGGUCAAGAAAGUCCAUGUGAACCACCUGCAGUGAUUAAACCUAAAAGUGUUUAUCUGCACAAGAAAACUGGUGCCAUUAAUGUUGCGCCCAAGUCCAAAGAAGGAAAGAAAACAGCGACAGCUGACGAGGAUGAUCUCUUUAUCACAGCUGUUUUCCCGCCGCAAAAGCCCAAGCCUCACAAAACUACCUCAAGUAGUAAGAAAAUUGGUGAAAAUAAUUCUGUAUUUUCUAUGGCUACCUUGAAGGAUUCUCUCCCAAGUGAUGUUAAAUCCAAAUAUUUUAAUAAUAGUAGUAAUCCUGCGAUGCCUUCCGACAGUGGACCAAUGAAAUCAAACUUGGAAACAUCCAGCCAAUCAGAUAUGAGGCCUCGGAAGGAUAUAGAUAGUGGUGAAUUAAGUGACAAAGACAAGUCAAGUAAAUUAACAGCUACUGCAAGAAAGGAUCAGCCACAUUGUCAUUCAUCAAUAGCAUCCUCCACCUCCUCAUCCUCUUCAUCAUCCUCAUCUUCAACAUCAUCAUCAUUGCCAUCCUCCAGUGUAGACGUACAGAAGUUAGCAGGAUCAAAAAGUGAUCAGGCAUUGCGAAGUGAGAUAGCAUUGAAGCUAGAAAAACAAAGGGUACUGUUGAAAACCCCAGCAAUUGCUCUGCUAGCUGAUAAAGGAAGUAAACUAAAAAGUCAUAUUAAAAACCUUGAAGACACUCUGAAGGAAAUUGAUGACAAAAUAUCUAAAGGAGUUCCACUUCAAAAAUCUGGAUACCAGUCAACCGCUGGUUCGCUGAAGCAGAUGACAUUGAUGGAAAGCUUUAGUAAAACACCUAAGGUUGGGAUGGUAGAUGCUAUGUGCAUGCCAGCACCUGCCCAGGUGUAUCAAUAUGCAGCUGCUCCUCAGAUGCAGACCCUGUACGGAGGCAGAAUGACAUCAACGCGGUUACGUGAGGUUGGAUCAGUAACAAAAGAUGCCAUUGAUAAGCUCCACAGAUCGUUGGAGACUUGUCCAGGUGCUGAUAUAGAGACCUCUGACCCUAAGAAGCUAAAAGUUUCACUGUUGACUCACCAGCGACAAGGUUUGACAUGGCUGAUAUGGCGGGAAAGCCAACACCCUUGUGGUGGAAUUCUAGCGGACGAUAUGGGGCUUGGAAAGACCCUUACGAUGAUAUCAUUGAUUCUCAAACAAAGGGAACUAAGUAAAGAAAAACCUGAAGGAACAAUGGAAAUGCCAGAUUCUAGUGAUUAUAUCAAGUCAUCUGCAUCGUUAAUUAUUUGUCCGGCCUCACUCUUACAUCAGUGGAAGAAUGAAAUUGAGACCAGGUGCAAACGCGGUCUUUUACGUACUUGCAUGUACCACGGCCCAAAUCGUGAAAAAGAUGUAUCAGUCUUAGCGGGAUAUGAUGUUGUAUUGACCACUUAUGGCAUUGUGGGAAAGGAACUUGGGGUUGCAGAGGUUAAUGAUCAACCAGAAAAACCCCAACCUGCUAGUAAUUGGAUGUCAAAGGAAAAUCCAGACACAGCAAUCAUACAACCAACCCUCCUCAAGAUUGGAUGGCAACGAGUUAUUCUUGAUGAAGCUCACAGCAUCAAGAACCACAAGAGCCAAUCAGCUGUUGGGGUUUGUAAGCUGAGGGCUUGUGCUCGUUGGGCUGUGACCGGUACACCAAUUCAGAACAACCUACUAGAUAUGUUCUCACUUUUAAGGUUCCUUCGUUGUUCUCCAUUUGAUGAGUACCAGGUCUGGAAGCGACAGGUUGACAACAAUCAAAGACGUCUAAACAUACUAACUAAAAGCCUGCUCUUACGACGAACAAAAGAUCACAAGAAUCAGGAUGGAAAACCACUUGUAUCUUUACCUGAACGCACAUGUACAACACAUGAAAUUGAUUUGUCAGAUGAUGAAAGAAAAAUAUACACCAACAUGUUUGAAGAGUCUAAGUCGAAGAUCAAGAAGUACUUAAACCAACAUGGUGAAACUAGUAAUACUGGAGACAGCAAAGGCAGCAGCACGAGUGAAGGCAGUAAGAACAGCAGCACAAGUAAUAGCAUCCAAGGUGUGUCACAAACUGAUGCUGGACAUGCUCAAAUUGCCAACAGACCAACCGCUAAGGCUGCUGAAAAGGUGACGGGUACCACGAUCCUUGUGAUCUUGCUUCGACUGCGACAAUGCUGCAGCCAUCUUGGACUUCUAAAAGAGAAUAUUUCAGAGGAGCAUUUUGAAUUUGACGACAGCAUUGAAAUGUCGCUGGUUGACCAAAUGAUGGAUUUGACCUUAGGGGCGGGAGAAACUAAGGACCAGGGAGAACAAAAGAAAGCAGUUAAAUUUGACCAAUCGUUUCAAAGUACUAAGGUGAAAGAAGUGAUGAGAAACCUGCAGGACAUUCGUAAAAGGUCACCAGCAGGUCAACCCAUGAAGAGUGUCAUCGUCUCGCAGUGGACCAAAAUGUUGGAUAUUGUAGCGCAUCAUUUGACCGAGGCAGACUUCAAGUACUCCACCAUACAAGGAAACGUAUCAGCCAAGAAACGGGCUGAGCUUGUGGAGGAUUUUAACACAAAUGCACGUGGGGCGCAGGUCAUGCUUGUAUCUUUACGUGCCGGCGGUGUUGGACUGAAUCUGAUUGGUGGAAAUCACCUAUUUGUUCUGGAUAUGCACUGGAAUCCGGCUCUCGAACAGCAAGCCUGUGAUCGCAUCUAUCGUGUCGGUCAAAAGAAAGACGUUUUUAUCCACAAGUUUGUUUGCAAAGACACGAUUGAGGAAAAGAUCCUUAGCCUCCAGAAAAGCAAGGCCUCAUUGGCAGAAAAUGUUCUAUCAGGGAACAAGUCCAAGAAACAGAAGCUGACAUUGCAUGACCUGCGACUAUUAUUUGGUGUGCAUUGAGAUCUCUCUCCCCACUCUGCAUAUGUCAUGUCUUUAGCGUAGAAUAUGACAACAAAACAGUGUACAGCACAUACAUAAAUUCUCAAUAUUACAUUUGUAGCAGACGAUGAAUGAGAAUUCCCUGCCAGAAGCUCCCAGCAAUGGCCUCUGCAAAAAAUAAUCACUGUGAAUGGAUCAAUGUAUACAGUAUUGCAAAUAAAAAUAUCUUUCUUUCUUUAUUUAUAUUUUAAGAGGAAGUCUCAUUCAGUGAAGCUGAUUUUGUGGUCCUCAUAUCACAACAAACAAGUUACAAAUAGAUACACAAAGCAUGAGCAAACAGCAAGAACACUACAUUCAAAUAACAUGACAAUUAACUGUAAUAUUCAUGCAUUCUUUUAUAUAUUUAAAUAUUAUAUUAUAUUAUUUAACAGUGUAAAACAUCAAUAACAAUAAUAAUAAUAAUAAUAAUAAUAAUAAUAAUAAUAAUAAUAAUAAUAAUAAUGAUAAUAAUAGGAUAGGAAUAACAUUUAAAAUACAACAUCUUUUUAUAUGGCUAAUUUAAAAUGUAAAAUGAUUUUAAAUUGGCUAGAAGCUAUGUUUAUUCUCAGAUAUUAAAUUUAUGGAAUAGUUUGUUUUAAAUAAACUAUAAAUUAUGAAGAAAUGUUAUUUGUUGUAAAAGAGAACCUUGGAAUAUUGAAGGAUUUGAAUCAUGGUAUGAAAGGGCAAGCAUCCUAAAUGGCAGCCUUUACUUUUUCUACUUGCACAUGUCCUCAUAUAGAUAUUAUGGAAUCAUGAAUGCUUGAUUUUCUUAAAUAUUGUAUAAAAUAGUUGUACAAGGGCUAUCUUGAAUAAAUAGAUAUUGACAGUAACUUUUUGUUCAGUAAGAUGCAAAUGUGAAGUAACCAGGAUUCUAAGGAAGGCUUACUUAUAAAAUUUAGGGUCCAAGGGGUUUUGGGGCCACCUAGUAGGUUCAAGAGAGAGCUCUGAUGGGGUAAGGGAUAUUCUCUGGAGCAAUUUAGCAUGAAAAUGGUGUCAUUAUUAUUUUGAGUAGUGAGAGAGCCUCCAUAAUAUCUACUAUACAGACUUUUUGUUCAAUAUUUAUUUGGCAGAAUAAAUCAAUGAAUAUUGAAA